AUGUCUGAGCCAAUCAAAUCGAAAAACGGCGAUAUUUCCAAAGCGCCAACUCCACAGAACACUCCAGCAAGUGUGACAAACUCGUAUUUGAAGUCUCAACCACCAACUGUUUCAACAAUUGAUGAAGUCAACGAAGAUAAAGUUGGUCAGACUUUAGCUAACAACCCUUUGUUGCUCAGCAUGAUGCAAGGCAAGUUGAAUGACUUGGUUGGUAAAAACAGUGGCUACGUUGCUGGAUUGCCUCAAGCUGUCAAGAAUAGAAUCUUUGGCUUAAAGAGCUUACAACAAAAGCAGAUGAAACUAGAGGCUGAAUUUCAAAAAGAGUUGUUGGAAUUGGAAAAGAGGUACUUUAAGAAAUACGAGCCUCUCUACGCGCAGAGGAAGGAGAUUAUAGUGGGGCUGAUUGAACCCACCGAAGAGGAAAUCGAGGAAGGAAAAGCCUUGGACAAUGAUGGUGAUGAAGACGACGAGGAAGAAGAAGAAAACGAGGAAGAAGAAACAGAGAAGGAAGAGUCGGAUGAAAAGGGUGUUCCAAGCUUCUGGUUGACUUCGUUGGAAAACUUGUCCACAGUUUCAGAAACCAUCACCGAUCGCGAUUCAGAGAUCUUGCAACACUUGAUCGAUGUUCGUAUGGAGUAUUUGACCACGCCAGGAUUCAAGUUGAUUUUUGAGUUUGAAAAGAACCAGUUCUUCAGUAACCAGAUCUUAACCAAGACCUACCACUACCAAGCUGAAUUGGGCUACAGCGGCGACUUUGUAUACGACCAUGCCGAUGGAUGCGAAAUAGAAUGGACGUCAAAGGAAAACAACCCAACUAUCAACAUCGAGAGAAGAAAGCAAAGGAAUAAAACUACCAAGCAAACUAGAACCAUUGAGAAAUUGACACCCACGGAAUCGUUUUUCAAUUUCUUUGACCCUCCAAAGCCACCAAAGCCAGACGAAGAAGAAGAAGAAGAAGACAAGGAAAAUGAAGGUGACAAGAAGCAAGGCGAAGACGACGACGAAGAAGAAGACGACGAAGAUUUGGAGGCUAGGUUAGAGUUGGACUACCAAUUGGGUGAAGAAAUCAAAGAUCGCUUGAUCCCAAGGGCAGUAGAUUGGUUUACUGGUGACGCUGUGGAUUUUGCCUACCCUAAUGAAUUUGAAGGCGAAGGUGAGGGCGAAUACUCAGACGAGGAAGGCGAAGACGACGACGAUGACGAAGGUGAUGACGACGGCGAUGACGACGGCGCAGGUCAAAAACAACCUCCUCAGGAAUGUAAACAACAAUAA